UGACGGUGGCCUUUUAUGCUGCUGUUCUUAUAUUUUGCCAUUCAGUAUCGAAGAGUCGCACAACCAGAACAGUUGAUAAAAUCUAUAGCCAUCGCCAUCCUUCGCUGUCUUUGGUCCUGGAUUCUAUUUGCAGACGUGUGGGUGUACGUGUUACACAGUUUUGAGUGUAUAACUAACGGUGGAAGCAGUGGCAUACCUCGCAAAACGGCCGCAGGUACAUUGCCGUCCACUUUCCAGGACGAUAGCACGGAUCUGAAGGAAAAAUCUCAAACGCCGCCGUCCUUGCUACAACAGCAGUUCUCUGCUCCGCUGGACCUCAAACAAAAUAAAUACGCGCAGGACUUUUUCAAACACGUAAAUGACGUGAAGCGAAGCAUUUAUCAGUCUGAAAUGCAAAGGAACAAUAGUCUGGAGUCUUCCAGACGGGGACCCAGGGCCGGAGGAAAUAACACCAAUUCAAGAUCAAGCCCCAAACGUGCUGUCUCCCAAGAACCCACGGAACCAGUUGUUACUACGCUGCCAUUGAGCAGGGGUCGUCCGGCUGCAGGAGUCAGGCCUACACCUGCGCCUCGUACAAGUGUACAGUCGCAGCUUGUACUGCCGGCCACAUUCAUGCCCAGAGACCCUACACCAACAAAGCGAAGGUCCCAACCCAGUGGGCGUCGUGAGUUUCCUUCGCUGGACCGACUCGUAGCCUCUAACACGGGAACGAUACCUAAAAGGCACAGCAGGACAAUGGCGGGAAGCGAGUCGCUAAGCCCGAAAUUUACAUCUAAGCCCAAGGGAUUCGAUGCAAAGGACUCUUGGACAGGGAACAAUGCUGAAGAACAGUUUACGCCGGGUAAGAGACACCAUCGUACGAGCAGCACAAAAUCGCAUCAAAACGUACCUGGCCCUGUUACCCGACGAAAAGACAUUCCGGCCCCUCCUCCACCGUCCCCGGCAACUUACUCCGAUCUGCAAGAGCUUAAAGCGAAUAUGGAAGGUCUUCAGGAUGACACAAAUUCACGAAGUCUCGAAAGUGAAACUAGCGAAUCGCCAGCAGUGCCAAGCCCAAGCGUCAGGUCACUCACGGGAUCCCACAAUGAGAAGAAAACAAGGGAGUUGGCAGAAGCUCCAUUAAAAAUUACAAUCGCCCUAACGGAUAUGAAUAUACCAGCAGAAUUUUGUUCUACAGUAUCAGUAUUAGGCCAUCCAGAUGUAGGUCCUGAUAUAGGUUCAGUAGAACAGGAAGAUAACGAUGUGUUUUACGAUGCCCGCAGCGAGGAUUCUGGUGCAGGCAGCCUACCGUCUGAAGUCUGCUUGCCACAAAGUAAGGGCGCGUUCGGUUUGGUGGCAUGCUCACAGGAGGCAGCAUGCGGGAAAGGCAGCAAGGAAACAAUUUACAGCGAAAGGGAUGUCAAUACUUUGCCCCACACUGACCCUAUCGCAGGGGGCCCUGAACCGUCAAACAUCUCGGACACACAAGGGAAUGACAUUGGUAUUGCCAGCGACGAUGCUAAGUCCAAAAAACAAGGGAGAGGCACAGUUGAAGAACAAAUCACACCCCAUGAUGUUGAGAAGCUAGUAGGCAUGGACACGUGCCUUCAAACCAAUCAUUGGCGGACCGAGUCGGAGAUUACAGACGCAACAUUGAGGGGGGGAAAGCACGAGGAAAAGUCAAGCAAAACAAGAGACGAUGAAAAAACCCAAACGAGCGCCAUUGAACAACAUGCUGCAGCAACAUGUUUGGAGGAGAAACAGACCAGUUUACCAGCACUCGACUCUAACGACGCCCCUGUCAGCACCAGCGCCAGAGCCAACGCCACCGAUGUGGAUGUCGAUGUCGAUUUCGAGUUUAGUUGCACGACGGGCAACACGGACAGCGCAGCGCUAACGCACAGUGAUCGGACCGUCGAUAUACCUGUAGUUGUGACAACCGCAGGGAUUCCAGCACCGUCCCGAACACUGACUCGUCAGGACUACGCCUGUCUCGACUCCAGUGAGGCCCAAUCGGACGAUAGUCAUUUGACACGAGAUUCCGUAACGCGCGAGUCCCAGAACGAUGAACUCUCCUCGUCCACCCUUGAAAAACUAGACGUUAGCACACUACCACUGCCCGCUCUACCGAAGCGCCGUCGGCCCCGAUCCCGCACCAGUCCCUCCAAGAAUUUGCUGCAUCGGCAGCGUCAUGAAGCUAUCGACAAUGCUAAUGCAAACGAAACUUCGACAGCAUCGUCACGACAGCAACAUCUUAAGCCAAGACAGCGCGUCGAUACUCCAGAGAAACAAAAGUCAGAGAUAAGCCAAACGCCAAACCCAGCCCCUCAAAAGCAGCACCUCUCCGCUUCCCAGCAAUACGUCGCCAAGCGACGAGAAAGUCUUGAGGCAUCUAACCGCAGCUUCAACGAAAAGCUAGAGGCCCGUAGAAUGCACAACCAAAUAGGUGGGGGAAAUGCCGCCAAUGUGACAACUGGUGCCAACAACGGAGUGCCCACCUAUCUGUUUGGGGACCAAUUUCAAGCAUUAGGCGGCGGCGGUCCCAGCUCUGGGCGCAAAUCUCUCUCGCCUGCCACCAACAAGGAGGAAAUUUAUCUGAACAAGUCUGGCUGGGUACAGGUAAACACAAAGCGUGGUGGCUUCAAAGAGGACAGUUGUAGCGGCUUUCGACGUCAGCAGAACGAUGGCACAGCCAGAAGUAGAGCUGCAGGCCGCGUUAUUCCAAUGGACGCGCAAGGACAUCGGACAGACCUGGCACACUACUCAUUUAUAUACCAGCACCAACAGCAAAAAUCGAACGUCGGCAUCGCAGAGCCAAAGUUUGUUGGCUCCAAAGUUGAAGAGUUGAUACAGCGAAACGAGGCGCGGCUUGGCGGAUUCUCCUCACGUGAUCCUGCACUGCGACCGGGCUACCGAAUUAUCGACCCGCAACUGGCAAGCAUACUCAAUGAGCGUCCUGGCUUCCUGCCUGUCAAGAGCCCAAACGACUUGGACUCGCCUAUCACUCCCAUUUUGUCGCCGCCACCCGCUUUCCAGGACAACAGCCGCACCACGCGUCAGAUGGAUCGGCGUAACUCAAGUCGCCAGCAAGCUCCUCUCCCACUUCCUGUGCUGCAGUCUGAAGCGCGACAAAGCCCACAGCAUAUGGCCAAUGGAUCCGUCAAGGGCAUGGUCUUUUCACGAAGCUUUGAGUACGAUACGCGACGACCAACCCCCACCAACAGCUAUGUGGAAACGUUCUCUCGAAGCUUUGAUGGACAUCUUUCAGAGCUUCCACUACACCUGGGUAUGCCCCCUCUGGCAGGACAGCACGAACGCUCCCCGAAUUUCAGCACACUAACCGGAAACUCGCCCAACUAUUUAACGAAGCGGGAGAGUGGUGGCGGCAGCAGUGGCUCCCUCCGUAGUCGGGACAGCUCGCCAAAAUUUCUAAGUCCCCAAACGACCACUGCGUAUCUGAACGCGUCGGUGAAGGAGGCGCCACCGGCCUACAGCAUGUCUGGUAGCGGCGCCGCCGCCACAGGCACACAGGAAAAAUACUCUCCGCGCUCGCGUCACGAACGCUCCUCUGAGCGAUCCAAGAUCCAUGCCUUGGGGCGCUCGCGUAAGUCCCAGUUCAACCGCAUGGGAAGCGCAGGCCCUCCUGCAGCGCCACCUUCCUCUCUAGGCAUGGGUGCCUCGCGCUUUCGCAGCUUCGACACAACAAAAAGCCAGCGCCUCAACUCAUGCGACAGUGGUGCCCGAUCGGAUCUUUCCAAUGAUGAAUUGGAUAACGAGGAUGGGGGUUUAAGCGAGUUCCUAUCGGCUGGAAGCCAGAAGUUUCCGAAACCGUGUUCGAGCAGUGUCAGUAUCUCACCCUUUAAGAUGCAGCGGCAGCGGUCACUGACGCCAGACCGGAAUGAGUCCCACAGCUCAUCCAGCAGCCUGCGCAAACAGCGAUCGCUGACACCAGAAUCGCGAUCCUUGACACCUGAGGAGCGCCGAAAGAAGGGAUCACAGCUUUCCCUAUUGGGCUCACGCCAGAACUCCGGCUCCAGGAACAACACACUGGAGGCACGUCAGCGUCACGGCGAGAAAACGUCGCCCAACAUCUCCCGCAGCUCUUCCAGUUCCAGCUACAGUGGCGGAGAUUCUCAUGAUUGCCUUAACGCUAGCACCUGCUCAAUCGUGGCAGGCGGAUUGCCGUGCCCCAUUCCUGGAUCUGGUCCGACCAACCACCGUCGAGAUAUAGCUGCUGCCCAAAGUGCAGCCAAGCAAGCAGAACAAGAGCACCGCAUUAGACGGUCAAGAUCAUUACAACUGAGCGAACGUUCCCCGAAUCGAGUGCACAAAUCAAUCGUCAAUGUAUGUGCCGUGUCCGCACAGCAGCCGCAGCUACAGCCAAAACAACCGCCAACGCCCUCUUAUCAACAGCCUCGUCUGGGCGUUCGUGCAGUUUUUCCUCCUACAGUUCGCACGCCCCCAGCCGCUAACAAAAUACCUGCUCCCUUGUCGGCGUCGUCCAGAAAUACGACAAGGCCAGGGAAGAAUGAGGCGGAUAAGGCACGGUCCUUCGACUUUGACUACAAUAACUUUAAUCGCAGCGGCGGAUCAAAAGCUAAGUCACCACGAUCCAUUCACACGAGUGGCAGUGGAGGGGACAGUGGAGGCAACCAGAAUCAGCGAAUAGAGCGGGAAACGCGCUCCUUCGACGAAGAAUAUCGUGAAGCAGUUCUCAAUAAUAACAAUGGAAGCAGUGGAAGCAUAAGCGGAGUUCGUUAUCUACAGCCUGCCGCUGAUUCCGGCCUUGUUCCAACAGGCUCCUCCUCGACUUCUCGUCUACGGCAAUCGAGCUCACCCGUCAACGGAUCUGGCGUUGAGUAUACUGCUUCGCGGUCACCCCAAUCUUCGGGCUCCUCUUCCAAUAUUCUCCACCAGCCAACGCGAAAAACAGGCAGCCCUCAGAGCUAUGGAACGCGGCUCUGCGAUCAUGAGCUUACGUUCGAAAUGCUUCGCAAAUCGCCGAUCAUGAACUUCCGCCGCGGGGACAGCAGUGACUUUGAGCUGCCUGUCCUGCUCAGAAACAGGGAAACCAUUAACUCUGGCGGCAACAGCGAGUUAAAUUUCAUGAGCAACGAGACGCGGAUCUACGAGCACCCGACGACAGUGCUAAAACCUCAGCGGUCCCUCCGUCAAAGUCCAGGAUCGCGGGAUGACUUACCUCUAGAGGUAGCAGUGGGCGUGGGGGGAGACUAUAUUUAUAGACCGGCGCCCUCACAACCGCGCAGCAGCAGCGCCUCCUCCCAGUCUAACGAGUCAACGACCACCAAAAGCUUUAGCAAAACUCUGACCACAUGCGACUAUUGGCCACGGUGCGGUGCUUGUCAGUACUCCCUUCCAGUGGUUACAACACUGAACCAAGAGCCUGAAUUGAAGCCCCACAUCACAACAGUGGCUGUUAAUAUUCCCAACGUGGAAACGAAGGCGGAAAAGCUCAGGCCAUGUGUGGAAAAAUCCAUCAUUCCGCAGUGGACUUUUUUGUGCAGCGGCGUAGCCGACUGCCGUCCACAGGAGCAUUCAACGAUGACGACCAACGAUAAUGAGCGCCGACAACUGAUGGCUGUUGUAAGACCACGUGUUGUUCCUUCGGCCUCCACAUCACUCUUCCUGCUGGGCGAAGGCAAUCUUUGCCUUGCGAAUGCUGCGGAAAGCGAGAAUGAAGCCUGUCCACAGGUGCUGGCGGCCGCGGAGAUUGGGCUGAGAAACCUACAGGACGAGCAUGAAUUCACAGAGGUGAACAAGAAGUGUCGUUGGCGGGAGCGCAGCUUAUCUCUGCCAAGCCCAACAAUUCAGAGAUAUUUGGAAACAGAAGAAAGCAUGCCAAAAACUGGAAAUCGAGGAGUCAAAGUAGUAGGAAAAGGGAUCAGCAACAAUACCUUUGCAGGAGGACUGUCGCAGCAGAUUCGAGCCGUCUCAAGUCCGUCGCUCACAGAACCAUAUUCAGAGUCACGAAAGCUGCCGGUUGAGAGCACGACAUCAGCAGACGGGUCUUCCACUGUUGCCACAAUCACAAGUAGUGGAAGCGGAGGUGGCGGUGUAGGCCUAGGCGUCCUUCUAAAGUUUAAACGCACGUUUAACAAUUUCAACAACAAGAAUCAGUUGCACAUCACCCCUGCCUUGCCAACGUCAGCAGCCAGCAAUGGCAAUCCCCCAAAGUCGAAGUCAUCGCCAACAACGCCAUCCGUAUCAAUCACAACAGCAGGGACAGAGACAACAAGUGACUGUGCUGGAACAGACGGCGGUGAUGGUAGCUCCGGCAAGUAUCGCUUUGGACCCCUCAUCUGGCGCACAUCGAGGGAGCGCCGCAAAACAAAGUUUAAUCGACGCGACAAGUGCAAUUCGGGUGAUUCCGGCAUUCAGAUAGAGCUGGAGCAUGACGAGCAAUAUUCCCGUGUUCUGGCGUUGGGUGCCCAAGGAGAAGGGGUAAGACAAGGAGAAGGAGGAACAAUUGCUUCCGGCAACACAUCCAUCGGAAGUGAAUCUAAGACGCGUUCAAUACGCCGCACUAAUUCGGCCAAGGCCAGCAGCAUUCUCGGAUCCGUCGCCCUAAUAUCUAAGAACCACAUGCAGCUGGACUUUGGCGGCACGGACAAUAUCGAACGUGAAGCCCCCGAGUCACUGCCCACUCGAUCACUUAGCCAGCCCAACGGACUAGAAGCCUACGGCAUUGGGUACCCUGAUAUUUCAGACAGCGACAGUGACAGCAUUGCAUCCCACGAGGAAGCUACCAGCUACUACCCAACGAUCUAUGCUGAAGUGCUGUACAAUUUUACUGCCGGCGGCCCUCAGGAAUUGGGGUUGGAACGCGGAAUGCUUAUUGAAAUAUUGCGCAAGGAAGUUGGACCCUGGUGGUUUGGCCGCAUAAAGAAGGAGGAGACUAACCGCGUGGAUGAGAUACUUGACCCCGAACUGGGCUGGUUCCCAAAGGAGUUCGUGCGUAUUAUUCAAUGUCCCGAGACGGAUCGAUUUUUCAACGCGCAUCAAGCAGCAUCAGAGGCAAAGCAGGCCUCGACAACUGCCGGGGAGGUCGGAGAUAGCGUGCCUGUGCCCGUAGCUGACUUUCCCAAGGACGCAGAUGUCACCAUGGCCACGGAUCAAAGCAACAUUACGACCAUAGUCAUUGAAGCUCCACCAUUGUCCUCGAACGGGGUUUUCACUCUGGAAAACGAGACUGUCCUGCGCCGAGGUGCUGUACGCGAGCUGCUGGAUACAGAGGUUAACUAUGUCAAAUUGCUGGAAGCCAUUUGUGACGGGUACCUGCCUGCGAUGAGCAAGCGCAUCGACAUAUUUUCGCCAAACAGCAUUCGUCUGAUCUUCUCAAACAUAACGGCCAUCUACAAGUUUCAGGCCAAAUUUCUCGAUUCAUUGCGUAAAGGAAUUGAGCAAAACCAAAUUGCGAAAGUGUUUCUUAAAAUGCACAAAGGAUUCCUAUGCUACUCCAACUACUGCAACGCAUAUCCUCGUGCCCUUAUCGAGCUCGAGUCCUACGAUCGUGUUAAGGAUGCACGCACCAUUCUGGAGAACUGCCGCGAGUCGGAAAACCUUGCAGAGCUCCCACUCUCCGCUCACUUGCUUGCUCCCGUGCAACGCAUUUGCCGUUAUCCCCUGCACCUAAACGAGAUUAUUAAGUCAGCGUUGGCUUCUGCCCCUGAGACGGGAAUUGAUAAACUAAAAGGUUCCUCGUCUUCAGACUACGAACAACUCGACGUCAAUGAGAUGGACAUACCCGACACGUACGAUACCGUAAAUUUGGCGCUGGAGGCCAUGCGCGGAAUAACAGAGGCCGUAAAUGAGGGAAAACGCCAUAGCGAGACUAUUGCGAGGCACCAGGCCAGCUUUCAGAACUUCAAGGGCCCGCCACUGCACUUUCACAGUGCACGCUUCUUUCUACAGGUCGAUGCCACACGACAGAAGCAGAAUCUGUGGAAUAGCAGCUACACCCUGUUCUUAUUCGACAAUCAGUUGGUCUAUUGCAAGCGCGACAUCAUUAAACGCAGCCACUUUAUCUACAAAGGACGUAUAUUUUUCGACCGCUGUCGGGUUGUUAACGUACGAGAUGGAAAGAUGUUUGGGCACACGAUCAAGAACUCGCUGCGGAUAUACUGCGAAUCGCGGGAUAAGUGGUAUGACUUCAGCUUCCGCUCGGCGAACCGCAAGCACCGCUUCCUCAACACCCUCGCCCUUGAGCGCCAGUUCGGAGGCAAGGCACUCCACGUAUCAGAGAUGACAGGGUUCGAGUACACCUACGAGGAGCGGCCGGGUGACUUUUCAGAUCAGUCGGACUACGAGUUGGCCGACUUCGAGCACGCCCUGUGUGCCACAUCAGCUAGUGGGGAAAGUUCCUUUCCGGAAUCGCCGGCCAAGUCAGCCUCCCGGUUUUGCGACACUUUGCCGAAAAAAUCGCAAUCCCGGGAUGGUAUCGCCAGCGUGGACAACUCGCAGAUGCUGUCGACGACAACAUCAACGGGUUCCCUAGGACGACGCCGCAUCGGCAACUGGUUCCGCAAACCAAAGAGCUCCAACUGUACGCCAAGCCAAUCGCCAACGCACAAGCCAGUCUUUGACGCAGAUGAGACUCUCACAGCGGCCCGUGUCGCUGCUAUCGAGCUGGCCGAUUCCGCCGCUGCGCUGUUGCCAACGGAUAGUUCAUUCGCCUAAGCACAAGGAAUAUCAUAAUACAUAAACAUUGAUAUACGCAUCCAGUCCUAUACUUAAAUACACACAAAUGUAUGUAUACAGAAUUGGCAAUAUACCAAUUGAAAAA